GUUCAGAAACCUAUGCGAAACAAAAGCAGUUCGCUCUUCACUUUUAGCGCGUCAAAAGCACGUCUUCCUUGUCUUAAACCCGUAUCGGUCGUAAAGCUGUCGAAGAAACGAGGAGUUAUCCUUCGCCAUCGCGGCGAGUGCUGCUAUUGCGCAGGAUUAGCACCCCUAUUUAAAGUUGUUUCUGUUCUCCUGCUCAGAGCAGGAGUGGCUUGCGCCUAAAGCGGCUGUUCAGAUCAGAUUUCACCCAAACCAGCUGUGAGGGAACCAACGACGAGGUUUGCCUUUUCUCCUUCUCUCCAUGUCGUAAGCGAGCAGUGGGGAUUGAAAAAGAAGGGGAGUGACGGGGAGAGUUCGGGAGAAUCUGUAGGAAUUUCCCGAGAUAUCAGUUCUUUCACUGAGAAGGAAAAAGUGUGAGUUUGUUGCACCGAGGUUGGAAACAACGCCAAGGAUGGACGAACAACCCCGGUUGAUGCACUCUCACGGAGUAGGCAUGGCCGGACACCCCGGCCUGGCGCAGCAUAUGCAGGAUGGCACGGGUGGGACGGACGGUGAGGGAAGAAAACAGGACAUUGGAGACAUAUUACAGCAAAUAAUGACCAUAACGGACCAAAGUCUGGACGAAGCACAGGCCAGGAAACACGCACUGAAUUGUCACAGGAUGAAACCCGCUCUUUUCAAUGUUUUGUGUGAAAUUAAAGAAAAAACAGUGCUGAGCAUCCGUGGAGCCCAGGAGGAGGAGCCCCCGGACCCCCAGCUCAUGCGACUGGACAACAUGCUGCUGGCUGAGGGCGUGUCUGGACCAGAGAAAGGGGGCGGGUCCGCGGCGGCAGCGGCUGCUGCAGCGGCCGCCGGCGGGGCGGGUUCGGACAACUCGGCGGAACACUCGGACUACAGGGCCAAGCUGUCGCAGAUCCGCCAGAUCUACCACACUGAGCUGGAGAAGUACGAGCAGGCGUGUAACGAGUUCACCACUCACGUGAUGAACCUGCUGCGAGAGCAGUCACGCACGCGGCCCAUCUCGCCCAAGGAGAUCGAGCGCAUGGUCAGCAUCAUCCACCGCAAGUUCAGCUCCAUCCAGAUGCAGCUGAAGCAGAGCACGUGCGAGGCCGUGAUGAUCCUGCGCUCCCGCUUCCUCGACGCCAGGCGAAAGCGGCGGAACUUCAACAAGCAGGCCACCGAGAUCCUGAACGAGUACUUCUACUCGCACCUAAGCAACCCGUACCCCAGCGAGGAGGCCAAGGAGGAGCUAGCCAAGAAAUGCUCCAUCACUGUGUCGCAGGUCCAUGUCCUUCUCAGCAACAAGACUUCCUCCAACCCCGUGGCUGUAUCCAACUGGUUCGGAAACAAGAGGAUCAGGUACAAGAAAAACAUUGGCAAGUUCCAGGAAGAGGCCAACAUGUACGCUGCCAGGACGGCCGUCAACGCGGCCAGCGCGUCAGCCCAGGGCAGCCAAGCAAACUCGCCCUCCACACCCAAUUCAGCCGGUUCCGCUGGCUCUUUUAACAUGUCAAACUCCGGAGACUUAUUCAUGAGUGUGCAGUCUCUGAACGGGGACUCUUACCAGGGGGCUCAGGUGGGCGCCAACAUACAGUCCCAGGUGGAUACCCUUCGCCAUGUUAUCAGUCAGGCAGGCGGAUACAGUGACGGCCUCCCCGGCAGCCAGAUCUACAGUCCACAGGGCAUCAGCGCAAAUGGUGGUUGGCAGGAUGCCCCAACCCCCUCUUCAGUGACUUCCCCUACGGAAGGACCCGGAAGUGUUCAUUCUGACACCUCCAACUGAUCUCCACUGACUAUUGCCACAAUCCCCAUGACCCUCAAACUCACAAGACCUCACCUCUUCAUCUGGUUUGGGAUUACAGUACACACAUGAUCACACCGUCCCUUCUUGCUACUGUGGAACAUUUGAAAUACUUUACAAAAAUUUCUGAGAAAAAAGGUCAAUUUAAAAAAAGGAGAGAAAAAAAUGUGUUUGUACAGUUUUCACAGUGCAUUUUAGGUGGUGCAAAGCCACUAACCUGUGACCGUUUCGUUCUUAUGAGGCUUAUAUUCAGUGAUGAAACAAAUAACCCUUAUAUUUCAAUUUUAAUGCUUUAUUCUACCUCUUGGAGAAAAAGAAUCAAUACGAAAUAAUAAGAACGAUCAUUGUUUUCUAAAAGAAACUUUAUUAGCAGAAAGCACCUGCUUACAGACUUGUAUCCAAGCGAUUACAGAGAAAGUUCUCUUUAAUGGUACGCAACAUUACUUUUUUGUUGUUCUUUUAUAUAACUGCUUACAUGCUGCUUCUCACUUUUUGAUUUGCAUCACAUAACGUUUGUUUUACCAUAUAAAGAACCGAAUAAUGGAUUUGUCAUUUUUACUCUGAAUAUACCUGACUGGUGUCGACGUGCAAGUCAGACUGAGGGCACAGGCAGUAGCACGUCAAAGUAAAUUCUCGCAUUUCAGCAAACUGAUAGACUAUAGUGAAACCUGGUGCGGAUUUCUGACCGCUGCAGUCUCCUACUUAAAGGGCCUUUCAUUCUCCCAAUUGCAAGUAGAGGCCAAAUGCGCAAACCCCAUGCCGUCACAGAUUUCAUUUGCAGUCAUUUCCUCUCUGUUUGUUUUUGAGAUGCUCUGUACAUUGAGCUGUAAUCUGUAAGACAGUGGAAAUAUAAUGGCGGAAACAUUAAGUCAUUAUGGUGUGUGUAAUGUUAUUUACCAACCCCCCACCCCCUGGUCACUUCAGAUUGUUCUCAAAUGCUAAACUGCUUAUCACUCCUGUAUCUUUGUAAGGGAAUGUAUUAUUAAAAGCCAUUCGCUUGGUUGGAUACAGGUGCCAGCUCCGAUCGAAAUUAGAGAGGUCCCAAUACUGUUUAUUGCACAUUUGUAUACUCCUUUUGUUUGCUUGUUUGUUUGCAUUGCAAAAACAUUGCGUCACACUCACUAGCCUGAAAGCCAUCUUGAAUCAGCCACCGUGGCCAAAUUAAAGUGGCUAAUCCAUAAAGGUGUUUUCAUUUCCACUUUUUGUCUCCAUGUGCGCAACCAGACUGUGAGUGUAAAGUUCUACAUCUGAGCAUAUUUGCUGUUCAUGUGACAGCCAGCUGUUGCUCAUAACCAAAACUCUUGUAAAAAAGCUGUAUAACAAAAUGUAAUAUCACAUUUUUACCUGCACAUUCAUUACCUGUACUAGCUCUUCCCCAGUGUCCUGUACUGUCCUGUACUGGAAAAUGUGGACAUCACUGCUUAUCUCUGUGUAGCAUUCCAACUCAAGGAGUUUUAUUUAUUUAUUUUUUUAACCUCCCCUCCGGACACUGAUGCUAUUGUCGAGGCUGCUUAAUUGAAACAAACGUUGUUGAAAAAAAUCCAAUACUGAACUAAUUUUUGUAGAAAAUACAUCCCUGCCUGUCAAGGCCCUGGUAACGAAGUUUGUUUUUGUGUACAUUGGAUCAGAAUCCACUUAAAUCAGGAAGUCAUUAGGUUAAUAGGAUUUGGAUAGUUUGACAGUUAGCCCGAGCUAGGCUUACACAGGUAAUACUCGGUUAAACCAGCUAGUGAACCUUCUGACCCCCAGUGACCUUAAGAUAGACGGCUCUUUGCUAAGGUUGUCCUAUAAUGGGAACAUUCCACAAGUAUUGAGGAUUGUGGAGUCUAUAAUGAUGUUAUAAACAUGGUCUAAUCCAGUUUGUCAUGCCCAGUUUAACCAGUUAGUCUAAUACCAAAAUCAUCAGUCUAUACACUAAGAUGUUAUCUUUAACAUUCAAUUUAUUUCAGUCUAAACCAUAGAUGGAAUAUAGCGAAAGGAUCUGUUACAGUAGUACAUGUUAAAGAAAGGUUGUAAUGUUUUCCCUUCUAUUUGUUUUUUUUUCUAUGCCUGUGAACAUUUUGAAAACCCUUUUUUCCAUCUUUUGUUAUUAAUUUGAUGGCAUAUUAUGGCAGUGUACCAUAAAAAACAUUUUAAAGCACCCAGGUAUGGAUAUUUUAAUAGUUCAAAAAGAUUCAUACUAAAGCAACGAUAAUAUAUCUUGAUAUUUGAACUGAGUGACAUACAUGUACAAAGAAACAUGCCUCUGUUUACUGACGGUUGCCAUUUUGAAAGUGUAUAUAUUUUUGUGAGAUAGAUUUGACUGCAUCUGUUAUAAUUGCGUUAUUAGACUACACAAUUAUGUACCAUAUGAAGUGUUAAAGUCCAAAAAACUUUGUUUUUUAAAAAUCACAAACCCCGCAGAACAUUGUCUCAAAAUGGACAUGAUUAUCUUCAAUAAAUGUUGUCCUGCUCACUGUAAA